AUGGAGAUCUAAGAAGAUUAAUUUAUUUUUGCAUUUAAUAGUUUUAUUGACUCUAUUUAAGAUGAUGAUUUUAAUUAUUUUGCUAAAGAAGUUUGUGAUAUAUAAUUAGCAAAUUCUUUUAUUGAAGGACUUUAAAGAAUUUAAAAUGACGACUUAAAAUUAGAAAAAGUCGUUGAUGAUGAAACAGAGGAAAAAAUUUGCUUUACAGAUAUGAAUAUUUUUGUAAAUCUAAAUCGAAAUAUUUCUUUAUAUGAACAUGUAAAAAUACUUGAAAAGUCUAGGAAAUUUUAAUAAAUAAAUCCAAAAAUUUUCCUAAAGUGACUGCAUUAUAUUAAAACGAAGGUGAAACAAUUGUUAGCAUGUCAAUAGGAGCAUUAAUAAAAUCUAAAGUAAGCUUAAUAAUAUCAGGCUAAUAAGUAUUUAUAUUGAAAAAUUGAUAAGUAUGAACCUGAUAAUUAUCAUCAUGUAAGAUUCAUGGUACUUAAAAGUGAAACUGAACCAUAAGGAUUUUUUUAGAAUUUGAAAUUAGCUAUGUAAUUCGAUGAAAAAAAAAUGUUUAUAGGGAACAAUCCUUCUUGGAAAAUAAUUGACAUUGAUAAAUAUUUCUAAAAAUAGUAUCCUGAGUUUUUUUGA